AUGGGCUCCGUCGUCAUUCCCCAUCUCGAGACCGGCUGGCACGUCGACCAGGCGAUCUUGUCCGAGGACGAGCGCCUGGUGGUGAUUCGAUUCGGGCGCGACCACGACCCGGACUGCAUGCGACAAGACGAGGUCCUCUACCGAAUCACCGAGCGCGUCAAGAACUUUGCCGUCGUCUACGUGUGCGACAUCGACCGCGUGCCCGACUUCAACCAGAUGUACGAGCUGUACGACCCGUGCACCAUCAUGUUUUUCUUCCGCAACAAGCACAUCAUGUGCGAUUUCGGCACGGGAAACAACAAUAAGCUGAACUGGGUGCUUGAGGACAAGCAGGAGCUGAUCGAUAUCAUUGAGACGAUCUACCGAGGCGCGAAGAAGGGCCGUGGUUUGGUUGUUAGUCCGAAGGAUUAUUCGACUAGAUACCGCUACUAG